GAAAAAUAGUAACCGAACAAAAAAAAUAUUUUUGAAGACACAUGACACUUGGUUAAAAGCCUCAACAAAUAUUUGUAUUGUUCAAGCACGAAACAAAGAGAAAAAAAGCCAUAGUGCAAUGGGUCGACCACCUUUGAAUUUUGAUGAAGCAAGUGAGCGAACGAAACGGCGAAAAACAGAGGAAAUGCGUUCGACAUUUAGUUCAUCCGAGUUAGCAUUUGCUUCUCAGAUGAGUCUUCGGGCUUCAGGAGCAUGCAAUGCCGGAGUUACAGUUAAAGAUUUACCUUCCACCAUUCAACACCGAGUCGGAAAUUAUAUAGAGAGCCUUAAAUUGUCCCAAACUUCACAAACAUCUGAACUAUGUGCUGAAACAGCUCUUUCCAAACUAAUGGAAGCAAAGCUUUCUAAACACCAAUAUUGCAUUAUAAGAAGUGCUGCAAUUGCGAAUAGCUCUUUUUUUUUACCAUCUUACGAAAAACUUAAAGAAGCCAAGAAAAUGUGUUACCCUGAAGAUAUAACGGUAACUGAAAUAAGCGCCGAAGUUAAACUGCAAUCUUUCUUAAAUCACACUUGUUUACGAAUUAUAAAAACUCAACAAGAUGUAAUUGACUCCUUGAAUGUAAAUAUUUUAUCAAAUUUUAUUUUAAUUCUUAAGUGGGGAUUUGAUGGCAGUUCCGGUCAUAGUGAAUAUAAACAGAGAUUUGCCGAUGGAAGAAACUCAGAUGCAAAUGUUUUUCUGACUUUACUUGUACCAUUACAACUUUUGUGUACAAAUUCAGUUUUAGGUCAAGAUGUUAUUCUAUGGAAAAAUAGGACACCCUCAUCUACUCGAUUUUGCCGACCUAUCAGACUGCGAUUUCUUCACGAAAAUGUCCAUACAAGCAUUAAUGAAAAAGACUAUAUUGAAGAUAAAAUUGAAUCACUGGUUCCUCUCAUCAUUGUUCAACAUAAAAUAGAAAUUAAAAUAUAUUAUAAAUUGGUUAUGACAAUGAUUGACGGAAAAGUUUGCAAUGCAAUAACAUUGACGAAAUCAACAAUGCGGUGUUAUUUGUGUUCUGCUACUUCGAGUCAAUUCAAUAAUAUCUAUUUAAAUAAAAGUUGACGAAUCAAAAUUGGAAUACGGUUUAUCAACGUUGCACGCAUGGAUUCGCUUUUUUCAAUGUUUUUUGCAUC